GCUGUUUCCACGGUAACGAAUAACAACAACAUCGAUGGCGGCCGGAGGAUAAAGUGGAUUGUUAGUCUCUCGCUCAGGAAGCUUGAUUUCAGCACGAUGGCGAUCAACCCACUUGCCAACCCGAAGGACAUCAAGUUGAAAUGUGAAUUGUGUCAGAAGCCUGCUUUUGUACAAUGCCUCCAGUGCCGAGUGACAUAUUAUUGUGGUGUGGAACAUCAGAAGGCUGACUGGGUUGGGAUCCAUGAGAACAUAUGUGAUAGCCUUGCAGCUCUAAGACAGCCAGCACUGUUUCUUCCCUCCCAGGAAGAAAGAAAUCAUCGACAAGAAAGGCAGCUUCAGAAGCAGACUGAACUGAUUGAGCUGACGAGAACAACUGGCCAGAAGUUGUUAUUUGAAGGGAAACAUGAGCAGGCAUUACCUGCUGCCCUCCAGUCUCUUCGCUUCUCCAUUGAUGUGUAUGGUUUGGCCAGCAUAGAGCUUGUUCCUUCUUACCUCAUCCUGGGAGAGGCUAGUAUUGGUCUUGGUCGUCUUCCCCAGGCUGAAGAGUAUCUUGCACAAGCCCAGUGGACUGUUCUCAAAAUGCCAGAGAGUUCCAAUGCCAUUAAGUCCAAGUUAUUCCGUAAUCUGGGCCUGUUAUACGCUGCCAAAGGGGAAUAUGAUGAGGCACUGCGCCAGCUUGCUGAUGAUAUAUACCAUGCCUCUGAUGAGUUUGGAACAGAUGACAUUCGCACAGCUGGAGGUUACUUCCACAUGGCCAAUGUCUUCUUCAGGCAAGGAAAGAUGGAUAUUGCUGAUUCACUCUACAGACAAGUGACACAGAUUUGGUAUGAUUACCUGAGUAAGAUCAUCCAGGUAAGAACGAGGACACCUGAUACACCUGUAGGGGUGGGACCUGUGAUUACAGACAGUAAACAAGAGGAGGAAGAUCAGCUGGAUGAGGCCCAGGAGGCAGAAGCUAUCCAGGUUUUAAAUGCAGUAUUUGACAUGAGGGAGCAUCAGCCUAACCGCAAGCCUGAGGACAUGGCCAGGAUUGCCUAUUCUCUGGCCAUGUUGUAUUAUGUGCUCUACGAUCUAGAUAAGGCCAAGGAGUACGGGAGAAGAGCGGUUGUGGUCAGCGAGGGAAACCCUGAUGAGGAAUUAUCACGUUCUAUCAUAGAAUUCAUGAAAAUUUGUGAGAAGGUGUACUUAUAGGACAGUAAGCUAAAAGCAAUGAUUUCCCAAUGAAACUUCACAGCCUUUCUUGUGUAUUCCAGAGUCCCAGUCUUUCCUUCUCAGUACAGUUGAACUGUCAAAGUGCACAUGCACUAGUUGUCCACUGACGAGAAGCUGUGUCUGUGAUAUCUUACACUUUCAUUCAUCGUUUUGUUUGUUACAUGUCCAUGUACUUGUGAUAGAGAAAUAAAGGCCACACAAGUUAUCA